AAACUUUACCGGCUCGGGUGCAAAGUUUCAGCCGUCUGCAAAUCAAAGUCUACGCUAACGUUUCUGAACUAUACCACCGUCUUCUAAUUUUCCCAGUUGGCCGCUUUUGAGGAACCAACAUCGUUUUUUGUUGUUGCUGUAUCUGGAAUUGCAGUCGGUUGUAAAAUCGUACAAUAAUGACGAAUUUGUAGCGAGUAUAUACAUAUUUACAAUACCUGAUGGAAUCCCAUCAUAUGCUUCCAGUCUCGAUUGGCACGCUACAGAUAGCUACAGGCAUAUUGUAAGCUAACUAGCUAGCUAACUCAGUUAUCUAGCUAAACAAGUGACCAGCGGAGAAAAAAUGGCUUGUGAGCCUAAUCGUGUGCGGCUACUAUGCAUGCUUUCAUUGACAUUUGUUUUUUUUAUUGUGGAGGUAGUCGUCAGUCGGAUCACGGCAUCUUUGGCAAUGCUGUCGGACUCCUUUCAUAUGCUAUCGGAUGUCAUAGCGCUGGUUGUGGCUUUGGUGGCGGUGCGCUUCGCUGAGAAAACGCAAUCGACAAAUAAAAACACGUUCGGAUGGAUCCGGGCGGAGGUGAUGGGAGCUCUCGUAAACGCAGUGUUCCUCACAGCUCUCUGUUUCACCAUUAUCUUGGAGGCCGUCGAGCGAUUCACCAACCCACAUGAAAUCGAGAAACCCCAUGUAGUAAUCGGUGUGGGGGCUGCCGGGCUCCUGGUCAACCUCCUCGGGCUGUGCUUGUUCCACGGACACGCAGGUGGUGGACACGGGCACUCUCACGGAGGAGGCCAUUCUCAUGGAAAUAAGAAAAACAAGAGGGGUAAAAUAUGCAAGUCAGAAAGACCGAAUGGAUCAUCAGGAGAGGAGUCCAACAACCUGGUGGGAAACCAUAACAGCCCGCCUAACGGCGUGGACACCGAGAGACGUAGACAUGAGAUUGUUCGCAACGACGGCGAGGUGCAUAUGAACGGCAGCGCCUACGAGGACAUUGACCACAGCCACGACGAGGCUUCACUCAACAUGCGCGGCGUCUUCCUGCACGUGCUGGGCGACGCCCUGGGCUCGGUCAUCGUGGUGGUCAACGCUCUCAUCUUCACCUUUGUGUGGCGGCCGUGCCCGCCUGGCGAGACCUGCUUCAACCCAUGCCACUCGACAGACCACCCGCACGUUAACCACACCCUGGUGGACCUGUCCAUGGACGGUAACAGUUCUAGCUUUCAGCGGACCAUGGUGGGGCCAUGCUGGGUGCUUUACCUUGACCCCACACUGUGCAUCAUCAUGGUGGGUAUCCUGCUCUACACCACCUACCCACUGCUCAAGGAGUCUGCGCUGAUCCUCCUGCAGACAGUGCCCAAACAGAUCGACAUGCACCGCCUCAAUGAGCGGCUGCUCUCGCUGGACGGCGUGCUGGCCAUUCAUGAGCUGCACAUCUGGCAGCUGGCGGGCUCGCGCAUCAUUGCCACGGCGCACAUCAAGUGCCACGACCCCACGUCCUACAUGGACGUGGCCAAGCGCAUCAAGGACUUCUUUCACGACGAGGGCAUCCACGCCACCACCAUCCAGCCCGAGUUUGUCACGGUCAAUUCCGAGUCAAGCGCCUCCCUCUGUGAGCUCUCCUGCCGGACGCAGUGUGCCCCCAAGUUGUGCUGUGGCGCUGCAGACAAGCAGGGUGUUGCCGGCACUGGUCCGGCAGGCGAGGGGAAGGUGCUGGCGGCCUCUGCAAUGGAGGUGAUCAGCGAGACCCCAGAGGGAGCAGCUGGAGCCGGAGCUUCAGUUCUGGAGCAGGCGGCUGCUGCAGUCGUCCAGGUGGUCCCCCGGACCCCGGAGCCCGAGGUCAUUAUCACCCGAGAGGUGGAAUCUUCUCUGUGAGACAGACCGGACACAGUCGGAGGAAUGAUAGAAUCACUACUAAGUGGAUGGAAGUUUUUAAAAAGUGCGGGCCAAAGUCGACAGUGGGUUGUCGUGUGUACAGCGCUCUCUGAUUCUGGAAACACUGGUAGGAAAAUGGCUCCACUACCGCGGUCUUGUUCGAAGACACCCUUUGUCCCAGCCCUUAACCCUCCCACUGCCUACCCACUGCCAACCCCUCGCCACCUCCUCACCUCUGACCCCCUCAACUGACGGGGACGCGGCCUAGUCUGGCCUGCUGCAUGUGUAUCCUUCCCCACAUUAGCGCCGUGUUGUGAUGCGUCACUGUCGUCCCAUCCCUCCACGGUGUCUCUGUGCCAAAGCUUCUCAAUGCAGGACAGAAGGGAGACUCCCCUCAAGUACCAUGAGCUAACACGACACCUGCUAGGCCAAGCACACCUGUCUACUCCGCAGGUCUUUUUGUUGAUCUAUGGACUUUUUAUGCAUAAUUGUUUUUAUUUUUUGGGGAUAGGCUUUGAACAUCAAUUUUCUUAGCCUUGGCCCCACAAUGGAAAAAAGUUAUUACAAUUUUAUUUUAUUUAAGUUAUUAGUAAUGAUGUAUAAUUUUCUCUGUAGAUGCAUUUAUAAUACACUGCUCAAAAAAAUAAAGGGAACACUAAAAUAACACAUCCUAGAUCUGAAUGAAUGAAAUAAUCUUAUUAAAUACUUUUAUCUUUACAUAGUUGAAUGUGCUGACAACAAAAUCACACAAAAAUAAUCAAUGGAAAUCCAAUUUAUCAAUCCAUGGAGGUCUGGAUUUGGAGUCACACUCAAAAUUAAAGUGGAAAACCA